CCUCAUCAUCUCAACAACGAUCAGUCUCAGAAUCAGAAUACGACCCCAGCUAGCUGUCUGCUUCGAGAAAUCCACAGCACGCUGCGCACGACCAGGUGCUCUCAGUUGAGUAUCAAAUCAUGGAGAGUAUGUCGAAUUUGAGAGGAAGAAUUCCAUCUGUUUUGUUGGUUGCCUUGGUGCUGGCGUUGUCGAGGUUGCAGUCAAUCGGAGCAGUGGACAUCCUGUUCUGGUCGCAACCGAAUUGUCUUGGACAAUCUGUGGGAUGUUUCGGUAUCCCUGCGGGAGUCUGUUGCAGCUUACCCCCCACUCCAUGGCCUUCGGUUCAAGUCAGAAACUCGACAGCCUGUCAAUUGACCCGCAUAUUUAUCGGUGGCGGUUGUUCCACCGUAUGGGGAGCCUUUACCGGCAAUGUCUGCGCUUCUGGAGCCCGGUUUACUGGUGGAUUAUGGGUCCCCAUUUGUCGGCGCCGUCAGCUUUUGGCUGAUGUAUCUGAUGACGAGCAGCAGGCAUGCACCGACUCUUCCGGUUGCAAAAAUGUUAUGGAUCCAAACGCCCUAGUCUACACUUCUGGUGAAGGUAACUGGGUGCUCAUCAAGGACAACGCAAUGGGGCUCUACGAGCAGCUCACGAAUGUACCCGAUUCAGAAAAGGUGGCCUGGCUCACGGCGCAAGGAGCUACGUACACUUCCAAAACUGAGUAGAAAAUGAUCGUUGUGGCCAACUCAUAUGUUGCAACUUCAUCGUUACGAUUGUCCUUGGAUGAUAAUGCAGAGCAACUCUAGCAGUGAAACGAACCCUCCUGCAGUCUCGUCUUCGAGCACCAAAUCUCCCUUUGUCUGCUUGCCUCUACUUUCUGUCGCGAGGUGCAGCUUUGGCAGCUUAAUAUGUAAUGCUGUGUGUGGCUGCUCAGGCUGUUUUUUCUGUAUGUAGAAAUAAAGCAGGCAAGGAUCAGAUGUACCGCCUUCUGAUCCGGCCUGCAUAUCGUCAAUAAAACCGUUGUGCCUGCUCUGUGCAAUGCAUACAUUGGACAUUUACGGGACCAUUUACUGGAAACCAGAGCCCAACCUUGGGGGCCAUGGGCAUGGAUUUUGGGGGACAUUAGUUUUUCCAUGGGUGAACACAAGUAACGCCAUGGGCAGUGUUUAUCAAGAUCCAACCAAGAAUUGUUGUAAAUGGUUAAUACACGUAACACAAUUGGCGUAAUUUGAAUAGCAUGGGUGGGCACAGGUAAUGGUGUGUUUGGGGUUAGGUCGCUGCUGAUGGUUAUGGUCUAGGUGCAGAUUUGAAGUAAAAUGUUGCCGUCUG